AUGCGCGUCUACCCAGAGCGCGUGUUGCUUCAAGGGAUGGAGAGCGAGAUAUGGAAGCUGGUCUCGUACAGCGCCACACCACAGCAAUGGAAGGAAUGGCUUCGGGUGCCGCUGAAGCAUGCUGCCGCCCGAGGCAAUCUGAAUCUCGUCAACUCACUGCUCGAGGCUGGUGCGGACGGAAGUGCGGGAUGGAAAGGUGCUCAACCAGACGUGAACGUCUUGUCUGUGUCGAGCAAGAGAUCGGCUCUGUACACGGCGACGGUGUGCGGCCACGAAGACGCAGCCAGGCGCUUGAUUACUGCGGGAGCCGACGUGAACUUCGAUGACCCUGUGCACUGCAGCCAUGUCCUCUACGAGGCAAUCUUGGGUGGGCACACACAGCUGUUGACAUUGUCAUGCGAGUCUGGCCACCUAUCCGUCGUGAACACUCUUUUGACUGCUGGCGCCAAUGUCACCAUCCGCAGUAUUGGCGGCUACUCGGCGCUCGACAAAGCCGUUUUUAAUGGCCACAUUGACGUCAUUGGAACACUUCUCAGACAUGGGGCGGACGUGAACCCCUGUGGCAAUGACGGCUGGACCCCACUUCACCUUGCUGCUCAAAACGAUCGGGCCGCUGCGAUUGAUGCGUUGAUCCAGGCAGGGGCCAACACCGAGGCCGGCCUGGGUGACCGGUUGACGCCCUUGUUUUCAGCAACGGAUCGUGGCAACAUCAGCGCCAUGCGUGCUCUCCCUCGGCGCGGCGCAUCCUUGACAGCGCAAGACACGGAUGGAGGCACGCCGUUGCACUGGGCGUGCUACUGGCAGGUUAGAGGAGUGGAGGCGACCGUGGAUCUCUUGCUGCGAUGGGGGGCGGACGAAACAGCCCUGGAUAACGAUAGCAAGACUCCCGCAGAUUUGCUCGAUGAGGACGACAAUGAGAAUGAUAGAACAACAUGUUCCGAAGCCGAGAUCGAGCAGGUGCGGCUGUUGAUGGCUCGGGCCCCGGCCAACCGAGCGUGGCGUCGCCGUUGCUGGCUCGUGAUGCUGCGCUCUUACGCAAAGACAGCAAGAGCUACCACCGAAGCAACCGGUGAUGCAGAUGAAGGUUCAAAAGAUGCUGGAGACAGGAAUGGCGGCAAGUGCAACGGGGCAAGGAGGGAGAAUGGGGAGAGCGCUGGUGGUUGGUUACGCUCUCGGAUGAACGGGGCGGGCGAAGUGGGAGUCGAUAUUGGGGCGGCAGGUUUGGCCAGCAUUGUGAACUCUGUGGUAGGGCUGGAGCCGGAGGAGGUGUUUCGCUCGAUUGUGGGCUUCCUUUGA